AAACCAGUGAGAAAACAAAACAAUCACAGACUACUCCUUGCUAUGUUCUUUUAAAAAAAAGGAAAUGAAAGUACACACCAAGUUAAAACUAAUUUUUUUAGAUGUGUACAGAGAAAAGCCAAGGUUAAGAGUAAAUCAGACGAAGUAGAUUUACCACAGCCACUAGUCCUGCAUAAUAACACGGUAACAAAUUCUUUCCUUUCUCGGAUCCUGAAACAAAUGAAUAAACCUAAGAAGAAAACAAAGAGAAAGGUAUUAAAAAGAAAGAUAGGAAAAAAGUGGCAUCAACAAUUAGCAAUGAUCUCAAUUCAAAGCUGUGUAAGGUGUUAAAUGUUGGAUUUGAAUGCUCCUCUGGUUUGAAAUGCAACAUGGACCGGUGUUGGAAGUUUCUUUGGCUAAUGAAGCUUCUAAAGAAUUCCUUUUGGUUGUCAACAUGACAAAGAGGAACGAGAAGACGUUGUGGUCUCAGUAUGACUCUACCCGAACCUUGAGAACAAGGUUCUUAUUGAGGGCGGGAGAAUUGUGCGAUGACGUCAAAUUACAUUUUGGUAGCCUGGGAAUAAUCUAUUAGGGUUCAUUCUAUUAAGUUGUCUCUGUAUUUUCCAAGUUGCUUGGAUAAAUUCUGGAACCUCCCCUCCAUUCUUAAUUUCCUUGGAUGAUUUGAUUACUAGUUUGGAGUAAUUAUAACUGUGUGAAGAUGAACUCUUACAUUAAUGUAUGUGAUUACAGUUCUCCCUAUCAACACUAUUCCCUUCAUUAAACCCAUCUUCAUCAAAAUAAGCCUAAUCUUCCAAUACAAAAUAUGAUGGGAGUACCUCGAGCGCAUGACGAGAUUUGCAGAGCGUUCGGCACUUUCCACGCAUUUGGAUUGAUUCUCUAUAGCACGUAACCACACGGGAUGCCGGGAGAUAAACUGUUUAGGUUGGUACCCGGCUUUACCCUAUUGAGAAGACGAUUUGUCUAUUGUCUUUGAAGUUUGAGGAAGAUGCUUAUAAAACGUCUCUUUUCAUCUUCAUACGCCUUUUCCUCAUUGUCCACUUCUCCGAAUUUGUUUAAAAUCGGAAGCAUUUUGAAGCAAGCUAGGACAUUUACAGAUGAUGAUGUUCUUGGGUAUUCUAAACUGACGCACGACGCCAAUCCAUUGCACUUUGAUGCUGAAUUCGCCAAGAAUGCUGGUUUCAAUGACUGCAUUAUUCCUGGGAUGCUUGUUGCUUCCUUAUUUCCCAGGAUUAUUGCUGCCCAUUUUCCAGGAGCUAUAUAUGUUUCACAAACCUUGCACUUCAAAUUGCCUGUUUAUAUAGGAGACGAGAUCAUUGCUGAGGUACAGGCAGUAAGCAUUAGACAAAUAAAAAACAAGUACAUAGCAAAACUGUCAACAAAAUGUAUCAAAUGCGAUGGUCCUCUGGUUAUAGAUGGUGAAGCAACAGCAAUGUUGCCAUCUCUGGUCAUGGAACCACCAAACUUGGCAAGUGUUUCCAGUUAAUCCGUGACACCUUUGCUUGUCAGCAAAAGCAAUCUAGAGCUGGACGAGCUUCUCUUAAGAAAUACAAAGGGAAUAUCCCAGAAAAUUGCUAUCCUGGAUAGUUAGCAAAUGUUGAUACGUUGUUCUUAAACAUCAAAGUUACAUUUGAUUGCGGCACUUGGUGCCAAACUAUGUCCUUGCACUAACACUUUUUCAUUUGAGCUGGAAAAUCUUUAUGGGGUAUUGAAUUUCGAUUCCUGUCUGCUGAAAAUGUUAGUAAUUCCUUAAACAUACCACGAAAUGAAAAG